AUGGUAGAGGCUGUUCUGACACCUGCUGAGGAGAAGGCGCAGCUGCGUCACACAUUAACGCAAAGUUCUAACAGCGUUGGCAGGUCUGGUGUCUACCUCUCAGCGGAAAAAUAUCCUCGGGUGAGGAUUAACAAAACAAGAAAAAGUGACGUAUUACAGGAGCAAAGAUCUAGAUUUCUCAUCACAUCCACGGGAGCCUUGUAUAUUAAAGAUGUACAGAACGAAGACGGAUUGUAUAACUACCGCUGCAUCACGCGCCACAGGUACACGGGGGAGACCCGGCAGAGCAACAGCGCCCGGCUCUUCGUAUCAGACCCCGCGAACUCAGCCCCGUCCAUACUGGAUGGGUUUGAUCACCGCAAAGCCAUGUCAGGGCAGCAUGUGGAGCUGCCUUGCAAAGCGCUUGGGCACCCUGAGCCAGAUUACCGCUGGCUGAAAGACAACAUGCCCCUGGAACUUUCUGGAAGGUUCCAGAAGACCGUGACGGGGCUACUCAUUGAGAAUACUCGCCCCUCAGACUCAGGCAGCUAUGUGUGUGAAGUAUCCAACAGAUAUGGAACUGCUAAGGUGAUAGGCCGCCUGUACGUGAAACAGCCACUGAAAGCCACCAUCAGCCCCAGGAAGGUGAAGAGCAGCGUGGGUAGCCAGGUGGCCUUGUCCUGCAGCGUGACCGCAAGUGAGGACCAGGAGCUCUCCUGGUACCGAAACGGUGAAAUCCUCAACCCUGGGAAAAAUGUGAGGAUCACAGGGAUCAACCACGAAAACCUUAUCAUGGAUCACAUGGUCAAAAGUGACGGGGGCGCGUACCAGUGCUUUGUGCGCGAGGACAAGCUGUCCGCUCAAGACUUUGUGCAGGUGGUCCUUGAAGAUGGAACUCCCAAAAUUAUUUCUGCCUUCAGCGAGAAAGUGGUGAGUCCAGCGGAACCCGUCUCCCUCAUGUGCAACGUGAAGGGCACGCCGCUGCCCACGAUCACGUGGACCCUCGACGAUGACCCAAUUCUCAAGGGGGGCAGUCACCGCAUCAGCCAGAUGAUCACGUCGGAGGGGAACGUGGUCAGCUACCUGAACAUCUCCAGCUCUCAGGUCCGAGACGGGGGAGUCUACCGCUGCACCGCCAACAACUCGGCCGGCGUCGUCCUGUACCAGGCGCGAAUAAACGUAAGAGGGCCUGCAAGUAUUCGACCAAUGAAAAACAUCACCGCGAUCGCGGGUCGGGACACAUACAUUCACUGCCGUGUGAUUGGCUAUCCGUAUUACUCCAUCAAGUGGUAUAAGAACUCUGAUCUGCUUCCUUUUAACCAUCGCCAAGUGGCGUUUGAGAACAAUGGGACUCUGAAACUCUCGGAUGUGCAGAAGGAGAUUGACGAGGGAGAGUACACAUGCAACGUGCUGGUGCAGCCACAACUCUCCACCAGCCAGAGUGUCCACGUGACAGUCAAAGUCCCACCUUUUAUCCAACCCUUUGAGUUUCCGAGAUUCUCCAUUGGACAGCGGGUCUUCAUCCCGUGCGUUGUGGGCUCAGGCGACCUACCCAUCACGAUCACCUGGCAGAAGGACGGCCGGCCAAUCCCAGCGAGCCUUGGGGUGACCAUUGACAACAUCGACUUCACAAGCUCCUUAAGGAUUUCCAACCUCUCCCUCAUGCAUAAUGGGAAUUACACCUGCAUAGCCCGGAACGAGGCAGCGGCCGUGGAGCACCAGAGUCAGCUAAUAGUGAGAGUUCCUCCCAAGUUUGUGGUUCAGCCACGAGACCAGGACGGGAUUUAUGGGAAGGCUGUCAUCCUCAAUUGCUCAGCCGAGGGUUAUCCUGUCCCCACAAUCGUGUGGAAAUUCUCUAAAGGGGCUGGGGUCCCCCAGUUCCAACCCAUCGCCCUGAACGGCCGGAUUCAGGUGCUGGGCAACGGGUCGCUGCUGAUCAAGCACGUGGUGGAGGAAGACAGCGGCUACUACCUGUGCAAGGUCAGCAACGACGUGGGCGCGGACGUCAGCAAGUCCAUGUACCUCACGGUGAAAA